GGGACCCAGCUCACCCCUGGGUAGAGCACUGAGGACAGACUGCUGCACAGCUGGGAGUGGUGGUUGCGCACAUUCUCCCUUGGGGGUAAUCAAGUCUUUAAAGGGCAUGCACUCUGAGGUGUCUGGGGUUAGAAUUGCGGACGUGCAUCUCUGUGGAGAGCUGCUGCACUAAAGAGACUUUCUUUGUCCGUCUCAAUUGCUGAUGAGUUUAUAUACAAGACAACUCAUGUACUUGUCUUUGGGGAAAACAUUCCAGGAGGUUUCUGAAGUUCAGCCUUCAACAUUCAAAGGUCCUGGAAUGUUUCAUUUGUCUCCCUGUUCAUGCCAGCAGUGCAAGGCACACCCAGGACUGAGCUGCUACACCGUAGUACUUGAAACUGUCUGGGAAUUGUUUUUUAGAAAGUAUUACCAGACAUACUGUUGCAGCCAAUUCACUACUCUUACUGAAGCUGCUAGGAAACACGACGGAGGAAAUAUCCAUCCUUGUCCUAGACGAAUUCCAUGACAUAGUGGUGGGCGCUGGCAUGUUCUCGUGGGCUACACCCCACAGACCCGCUGGCUCCGGUACUGGCAUCUUCAAAUCCACCCAGUGCUCAGUGUCUGCUCCAGGAUAGCAGGAUGGGCUCUGCGUUGCCUUGACCCUAACGAAGAAUGAGCUCAAGGCCGACGGCGAAUGAAUCCUUCGUUAUGUUCUUUGUUUGGACAGAAGAACCCUUCUGUUGAGACAAGCAGAUAAAAUGUGCACAGAGCUGCUGUUUUAGGCUGCCAGCCUUGUUCUUGAGGUUCAGCCUGGCCUUCACCCGGAGGGCUUUGAUUAAACAAACAGCUGGGGAACACUGGGAAAUUGUUGAAAUGAAAUCUGCUGACUGUCAUGGAUGAACUCUGGGUCAGGAGCUCUGUCUGUGUGCUGUUGAAAGGUGGAGUGCUGUCAGAAAUAAGCCUUAUUUUUUGCACCACUAUAUUUUCACUUAAAGCCAGUAAAACCUUUUGAUGAUUAAAUUGUCAUGAUCAUGUUACUCUUUUUCUUUUAUUGAAGGGGGAAGUUCUGUACUGGAAUUUUUUUUUCCCCGAAAGUGACCUUUCCAGGCUGUCAAACUGCGUUUGGCACGUUGGCUUAGCAGCCCAGCACACUGAACCAGAGAACAGCUUCAAACGGGCGAAAGCGGUUCUGUCAGGGCAAUCGCCCGGAAAUCCCUGGGAACAGAACAGAGCAGCCGCCCCACCAACCAGGGAAGAGAACUGACACAGCUUCCUCUCAGUCCGGAGUCCUCUUCCUCGUCCAGGCUCCUUUGUUUUAGCUCCCCUGUGCAGAAAGAUGUCAAAGGCUGUCAAUUCUAGUGCCUGGAUGCCAUUAAUCUCUUGCUGUCCAGACCGUUUCACCUGUGUGUGUUGACCUGGAGAGGAGGAACACACGGCAGUACGCGAGACAGGAAACAGUGGACCUUGCAGGAGUUACAGCAGGUCUGACCCCCAGGGGACUGGCUUGGGCAGGACUCCUGCGUCCCCACGCUCCUGUGCUUACUGAGCUCUGCUGCUCUUCGCCAGAGUGAUCCUGGAGGGGCACCGUGUUCGUCUGAAAACUAAGGAUGCCGAAAAAUUAGACUAUUUAAAAGACAACACAAACUGCUUAGCCCUGCUGUGUACAGGUCCACUGUGGGCCGAGCAGAAUUCACCUGAACGCCAGACACUGAACACCUUGGGUGAGGCUCUGGUAGCACAGGCAGCGCUUAACACCGCCAGAGGAGAGGGGUAACCCGGCUGGGAGCAGCAGAGGGGCGCAGAUCAUCUUCCCUGCUGCUGCGCGGCGCACAGAUCGCCCUCGCCGGGAUCCGACUGACGGCCGGCCGCUGACACGCCCGAGGACGAUGGCCCGUGCUGCGCCGAGCUCCGGACGCUGCGGCCUCCUGGGCCUGACACUGCUGGUGCUGCUGGGACAGCUCGUCGUCAGCCGCCUCUGCAACUCCCUCAUCAUCGCGGUGGACUCCUUCCACACGCUGCACCUGCUCCUGCAGCUGGGCGUGCGCCUGUGGGACCCGGCCCGCCCCUGGCGCCGGCUGCAGCCGCUGGGCGGCCUGGUGGCCGCGCUGCUCCUGGCCUCGCUCUGCGCCUCCGUCUCGCUGGACAUCCUCGGCCACUUCCUGCAGCCGCACGCCGGCCAGCGGCCCUGCCUGGCCCUCGCUGCCGGGGCCACGGGGGUGCUGCUCAACGCAGGGGUGCUGGCCGCUGGCUGCGUCGACGGGUGGGACGCCAGCGAGGGGAGCCUGGCGUCGGCGGGCAGAGGAGGCGAGGCUGAGCUCCCGGUGCAGAGGAGCGAGGCGACCGGGGGAGAAGAUGCCGAGUGCGCUGGGUGCCCGCCGAAUCCUGCUGGAGCGGCACUGGAGCUCCCCCCGCUGGAGCUGCUGCUGUACUGCAAUCCUGGGGCCUCCUGCACCCUCCUGAAAGCCCAGCCCAGCCCGGUUUCCCGCGGCCAGCUGGACAGGGACAGCGGGGAGCCCGCCGGUGCCCCACACUCGCACGAUUCCAGCGCUGCAGGACAGCAGCCCGGGCCAGGCGAGAGGCCAGGGCGCUGGGCGGGGCGCGGCGGGAGCUGUGGGGCUCCCUGGGUCCUGGGGGCGGCGCGGGGCCUCCUGGCUCCGGUGCUGGUGCUGGCCAACGGGCUGACCCAGCUGCUGCUGACCCCGGGCUGCCAGGGCCAGCGCAGCGAGGGGGGCUGCCGGCUCUACGUCUACCUGGACCCCGCCUUCUCGCUGGCGGCCGUGCUGGUCCUGCUGGCCGGCGCGCUGCCCCAGCUCAAGCGGCACGGCCUCCUGCUGCUGCAGGCCGUCCCGGCGCACAUCGAGUGCGCCAACAAGCUCUGCUGCCAGGGAGGGGCGGCGCCACCUGCAGGGCACGGCGCUCCCAGCCAGCAGCUCGUCAUGGAGAACCCCUACCUGUCAGCGCUCCGCCCGGAGAGAGACAGCUUGGGCGACUUCUCUCAACCCUUUUCACUCACCGCGCAGCAGGGAUCGAAACCCCGAGCCUCCCAGCGCACAGCUGCUGCAGAGGCUCUGCCUGUCCGGCGCCUCCCGCCCCCACAGCUGCGCUGCUUGGAAUCCGUUUGCAACCUGGGGGCGGCUUGA